GCGAAGAAUCUCAAAGCAUCGGAAAAUACUUCUGAAUGAGUACUGCAGUAUGCUGUCUCAAUUCCAAGGAUAUAUUGCAAUCUAGAGCUCUGUGUCUCUAUUAUUUGUUGGCAAGAUUUUGUUAUUUGGGGAAAUAGCUGUGAUGUUUCUGGCGUUCGGAGUCAUUUGUGCGAGAAUUUGCGUUGUCAAAGAUUAUUUUUCUGUCGUUUGCUUGUUCAAGUUCGAAUGGAGCUGUUGUCAAGUGUCUAUGUAUUGUUGAAAUCUAGCUCUCGUUGAAUUGCCAUUCUCAAACUCUCUUCCCCAUCCGCCAUUUCCCUCUCGCUCCGGCCCUCAAGUCCCUAUUCCGUUCUGUAUCACCACCACAACUCACAACUCCCACAACUCACAAAAGAAUUGACCAAAUUCAAAAACCUAAGGUAAAAAAAACAAAAAAAACAUACAACAGCAGGUAUUCGCUGGUGGUCACCCACCCAACUACUAAUCUGCCGAUCUGAAGCUUGCGUAUGGCAGAGCGGACGGGAUGCCCGAUUCUCUUCAGUCUAUGGUCGUAUGUGGCAGAAUACUGAGAAAAAAAGGUAGAUAUACCCCCGCCAAAAAAAACUGUCAAAUAGAGUUGUGGAGUAAGAUGGGGUGAAAGAAAAGGAAGUUUUUGUGAGGAUAGGAUGGAAAUAGGAAAUAGGAGAGUUAUUUGUUUAUGUUGAUAUCAGAUCACGGGCAAGUUACUGCUUAGACAUAGUACUGCCAGGAAGUGAACGUUUUGAACUGAAGCGCCAGUGGUGUUUGUGCAUCAAAUUAAGCUUUGUCGUGUCUGCUGGAUGCAUGCGGGGUCAUAACUUAGCCCUCCUUGGUAGGGCACUAUUCAAUAGCAUCCCACUCUCGUGAUUAAUGAUCAAAGGCCUCCACCUUUAUCAACAUCUGUAAUCGCGGGCAAAUGGACGAGCCGAGACCGGAGAUCGCCGGCAUAAGAAGCAGCAGACUUCUGAAGCUCUCAUUCUCACCUCAAACAUACAAAAAAAACACAGUUUCUCUCGAUAGUAAUAUUACGAUUAAGCCCCAAUCUUGGCGGGCAGUUGAUAUUCUCAUGAAACUUUGCUAUAGUGGCAGUAUCUCUACCAAAUAACCUCCCCAUGGCGAGCAACGACUCGCUACCAGACCGAUCCCACUUCUCAACUGCAGAUGCAAUCGCGCACAUCUGGAAUCAUCUAGGACUCCCAGCUGAGGCUCUCUCUUCAAUCUCCCUUCCAGAUGCAGAUAGCCAUUCACGAUGCGGUCUUCCAUCAUCAUUCAAAACCGGCCAUCUAGCACAAAGCAGCAUUGCACUCUCAGCACUCACAGCUGCACUUUUCCAAUCAACCCGGGACAACUCUCCGGUGCCUAGAGUAACAGUGCCAUUGGUACACGCCUGUCUUGAAUUCCACUCCGAGAAGUGGUAUACACUUGAUGGCAAGAAAGCGGAUUUCGGAGGAGGGCUGAAAUCGCUUGGUGGGCCUGUUCAAAAGACUGCGGACGGUUAUGUGAGGAUUCAUGAUGGUUUUCCGCAUCAUGUUGAAGGAGCGCUCAAGAUCCUGGGACUACCGCGUACAGCCACAAAAGAUGAACUUCGUUCUGCUCUUCUAAAAUGGAAUUCUAUCGACCUGGAAACAGCAGCGAUGAACUCGAAUUGCGUCAUAGCGGCUCUCCGAUCAUACGAACAAUGGGAUGCUCUUCCACAGGCUUCAUAUAUCCCUAACAUACCAAUACAGAUAGAAAAAAUAGGCUCGGGAGCUCCGGUACUUCCAAGGCAGCUAGCUGGCGGUAAUGAUCGCUGUCUCCGUGGAACUCGAGUCCUGGAAUUGAGUCGAGUGAUUGCCGCACCGGUAGCAGGACGAACCCUGGCUGCUCACGGCGCGGAUGUACUCUGGAUAACCUCUCCCAACCUGCCUGAUCUACCAGAUAUCGAUCGGGACGUAGCCAGAGGGAAACGCACCGCACAGCUCGAUCUGACAACCAAGGAAGGAAAGUCCAAACUGCUUGAGCUCGUCAAGGAUACAGAUGUCUUCAUCCAGGGAUACAGACCCGGAAGUCUUUCUGCGAAAGGCCUUUCUCCCUCAGAACUUGCUACGUUGAAUCCCAACAUCAUAUAUGCGAAUAUGUCUGCGUAUGGCAACCAGGGACCCUGGGGCGGAAAUAGAGGAUUCGACUCAAUUGUCCAGACGGGAUCGGGUAUGAAUGUUUCGGAAGCUGAGCAUUUCGGCGAAGGAGAAUCAGGCCUAGGUCGCCCAAUGCCCUGCCAAGCUCUUGACCAUGCAUCGGGGUAUUUCCUCGCAACAGGGAUUUCUGCUGCGUUGUACAAGAGAGCCAAAGAAGGAGGGAGCUAUGAGGUGAACGUUUCUUUGGCUGGGACGAUGAAUUAUCUCAGAUCUCUUGGGCAGUUUCCUGGUAAGACCGGAUUCGAUUGUACCGCGAAAGGUGACCAGGAGAUAGAAGCGUACUUGGAGACGAGAGAAAGUGGUUUUGGCGAGUUGAGGGCUUUGAAGCAUUCUGCUGCUGUCGAAGGGUUCAUGCCAGGAUGGGACAUCAUGCCCAAACCGCUGGGUAGUGAUAAGCCGGAGUGGGUACAGAUUAACAGCGUGAGCCAGAUGUCUGGAGCUGCAUAGCAACUGCCGUAAUAACCAACAAUUCCCCUCUCACUUACCUGGUCCGUCAAUGCUGUACAAAUUGAACAAGAUCCAUACCAGCAUUGCUAUAUAGACCAUCUGUCUUAAUCUGCCCAUUCCCAUUAGUCGUCCCGACCUCUACUUCCGAAAUCGCCAGUACACGCCUUUCCUUCUCAAUCACAUUCGAUCUCUUUUUCCGCUUCAUAAACUCUUCCAGUCCUCGCCCAUACUGUAUCACCAUAAUCCACCGCCAGUAAUCUCUAGCCCAAGUAAACAUCGUCGCCCCACCAAGGAGUAUCCCCGCAUAAAUCAUCUCCUGUAUCGAGUAUUGUCCGAUUCCUGACCAUAUAUUCUUCUUUUUCUCCUCUCCAUUGCGGUCCGUCGUGGUAUUGACUCUCUUCUCCAUGCCAUUAUCUUGUUUUUGUUCUCUUCUGGGGGCGCUAGUGGAGAAAGGUGUUGUAGUUCGAGAGGAUAUUGCAUGGUAUAUUAUGGUUGUCCUUGGAACGGAUUGGAGACACAGCGGACGCGUUGAAUUGACGCGUUGAAGGCGACUGAACAUAGUGAUUGUAUUACAGGAAAUUGGUUGAGCGGAAUGCGAUGACCUGACGAGAAAGUCAUGUACGACACGAUCUGAAAUGGACUAAGAUUACAG